GUAAUAUUUAUCUUUCAGAUUCCUAUGAGUCAACUGUUCAUAUUUGGUAACUUUUUAAUUUUACUUUUACUUCUGAGUGACUGAUUGGUAGUUUAUUUUGUUUAAUCCAUGAUAAUUUUUAACGGUUUAGUUGUUUGCAUCGUAUUUAAGGAUCUGGCAUUUGAUUUGUCCCUUUCUGUACUCCUGGGAGAUAAUAUCUACAACUUUGGAGAGCUGCUUGCGCAUCCUAUCAUUAAGAGCCUUCUAGGGACAAAGGUAGAGUGGCUUUACUAUAUUCUUCAAGCGUUCAACUCUGGUGAUUUAGUUCGGUAUCAAGAAUUAUGUCGUGUACACAAUGCUGCUUUGAGAGCACAACCAGCAUUAGUUGAAAAUGAGAAGAAGCUUUUGGAGAAGAUUAACAUUCUGUGCUUGAUGGAAAUUAUCUUCAGCCGGCCAUCUGAAGAUCGGACUAUACCAUUGAGUAUCAUUGCAGAGCGCACCAAACUUUCUGUUGAGGAUGUGGAGCAUCUUCUUGUGAAGAGCCUUUCCGUUCAUCUGAUUGAGGGAAUAAUCGAUCAGCUUGAGGAGACGGUGCAUGUGUCCUGGGUGCAGCCAAGAGUUUUGGGGAUUCCACAGAUCCAAUCUUUGCGUGAUAGGCUGGACGGUUGGUUGGACAAAGUCCAUACUGCUUUGUUAUCGAUCGAGGCGGAAACACCUGAUUUGGUUGCGUCUUGAGUCGCCUCUUGCUUUAUUUUCUGCCUAGUGUAACAAAUCCUUAUCGGAAAAAUAGGGGGUUCAAAAUGCAAGGGCGGCCAGGAAACACUAGUUUUCGGUUGAUUGAGCACUUCGGGCCAACUUUGUUUAUGCUGCUUUUCUUAUUGGUGAUGCUUUUUUGUUGAAUCAUUUUCCUGGAAGGAGCGGCCUUGUGUACUGUACUUGGGAGUAAUACUCCAUUGUUUAGUGGCAUGGCAUGCCUAGAGACGUGGUGAAUCGAUUAAAACGCGCUGUCGUUAUACCUUUGUAUUUUGAAUUUUCCUUUCCUUAGAUAACCUAACUUUAUGCUUUUUCAUUAGUUUUAAUGAUUUUCUCCUUCU